UUUGCAUACCCAUACGUCCCACAACACCUUGAAACCAGGGUCAGGACCGUGCCACUUGCCACCGAGUUUUGGUCUCGCAGAGAUGCCUUCACGGUAAAUCUCAGUCCCGAAGAGAUCAACUGGCCUUUUGAACAUGUCCGGAACGUCAAAUCCUUCCACUCAAGCACCCUUGAAGCCGAUCAGGCGGGAGAGGGAUCCGGGAAGGACAGCCAGAACGGUCAAGGUCCAGGAACCUGAACUCCCUGCACAAGAGACCGUUGGAACUGGAAAAGAUGGGAAGGAAAAGGUGGCCAAGGUCCUUCAGUUGAGCUCCUUCGAGCGCAACUUUAACGUAGAAAACUUCAUAGGGGAUCUGAGUGAGAAAUUGAUCACCUCUUCCAAGGCGAAUACCGGUGCCCUUGAUCCUCUUCCCUUCAUCUCUUCCUUCUCACCCGCUCUCGACCAUCUACUCUCCCUACAAAAGUCGGUCUCAAGAAAGACGAAGGAGCUCGAGGGGGAGGUCCGGGAGGCUGAACGAUCCUGUGAAGGGCGGCUAAGAGAGAUUGAUGGUGGUUUCGAGACAAUUGGGAGCUCCUUCACGGCUCUAGAAACCAAAAUCACUGGGGUCGGUCGAACGGCCGUCAGGAUAGGAGAGCAAAUGGAAUCUUUGCACAACUUGCGUUCCGUUGCGCAGUCUGCCUCGUUGAUCCUCUCAUAUUACCUCUCGCUAUCACAACCUCCAGCACCCGCCUUGAAUCAUCUCAAUGCCGAGGGCAAUCCCUCGCCAGCAGAACCAUCGCAAACCCCCUUGGAUGCAUUGUUUGCCACCAGGACGUCACGGGAAGGUCGAGCACGACUCGCAAUCAUCCUCCGCCGCUUGAGCACGCUCGCGAAAGAUGUCGUCGAGAACGCUUCGGCUGCAGCUUCAAAUGCCCAGGAUAAUGCUCGGGACAGCGAUGACGAUAAGGGAAGGCUGGUCAAGCUGAGGGCUGACGUGGACAAGGCUAUCCGAAUACGAGACGAAGUAGAAAAGUAUGCGGAACGGUUCGAAAAGGAGUGUUUGAGGCUGUUCGAUCGAAGUUAUAGGAAGGGGGACGUACGAAUGAUGGCGCAUUGCGCCAAGAUAUUACAAGACUUCAAUAAUUGCACGUCAUGUAUACAGAUGUACGUCAACCAGCACGACUUUUUCAUUUCCAAAGACAAGGUUUUGGAAGAGGCCUCGGGUCUCAAUCCGGAUGGAACCCCUCGAGCGGACGCUGCCCCGAUCGAGGAUAUAUGGACGGCACUGAACGAUUCGAACAAGCCAGCGCCUACCGCUGAACCGGGACUAACAGCACUGUCGAAAGAGAUCCGGUCGACUGUGGACCAGGAAGCCCAGAUUAUCCAGGCGGUCUUCCCGAUGAAGGAGGAUGUAAUGAGGGUAUUUUUGCAGCGAGUCUUUGCACAAGUGAUCCAACAACAUCUCGAGACGUUAUUCGCGCGGGCUGCGGUCCAGGGUACUCUAGCACUCCUCCGAAUGCUGAGAUUGACACAUAGCCAAUGCUCGGUCUUAAUCGAGGAUCUCAAACAGUACGACUUUUCCGGCUUCGGAGGGGAAGCCAACACCACCGUCUCUGUGACGACGGAUCGUCGCACGGGUGUCAGUACGACAGUGACGCUUGCUUCCAUGCUGGACACUGCCAUGGAAGAGAUGUUCAGUCAGUACAUCGAAGGAGGGCGUUACCUCGAGCUAGAGGGCAAAUGGAUGGCGAUCGCCUACAAGGAUCUCGCGCACAAGUACCAGAGAUUCCACGAAACCCAAAUUAAAUCGAAACCAGGCAACCUUCUUGACCGGGUCGUAGACAAGCUCUCAACGAAUACUGGCAGUAGCGGAGUCGUUCCCGCUGCGCCAUCAGCCACCUCUUCCGCAACGUCUGCUGCAGCCGCUUGGUUGCAUCGAUAUGGAGGUAAUGCUCUGACUGGAGUGACCGGCUCAAAGGACAUCACCAGAUCGACUACGCCUGCACAAUCGGGAGCUUCAUCUCCCGUGACUGCUAGAAACGCUGCUGGACAGCAACCGCAUCAGAACGGGACAGAAGGCUUGAAUCAGGCUGACGGGGUGGUCAAACUCGAAAUUAUCGAGAAAUUCUUGCGAAUACAUGCUGAGGCCGUCGGCAGAGUUGUCGAGUUGAGCGUGGGAGGCGAAACUGCUCAAAACGCUUCCAAAUUGGCAAAGUUGCUUGCCGACGACAUCGGUGGCGAUUACCUGGAAUUAGCCUUGGAAAGCGCGUCGUCAAAGCUCGAUGGCCAGGAUCGAUCCGAACCGGACCUGUCAAUUCUGGGUCAGAUCCGUCAGGUGGACUUGGCUCUCCAUCUUUGGCAGACGUACUACUCGACGGUCUUGGUUCCGCUCGUUAGUUCUUCUCCCGCUGUACGCCGGGACGCCUUGCGGUGGAACGCAAAUACGGUCACGAGAGUUGAAGGCAAAGUCAACACCCUUGUGCUUCGGUUCUUGGAUGCAUCUGUGUCGUGGUUGUCCGUUCUGCUGAAAAGGCAGAAGAACAGUGAUUUCAAGCCAAAAGACGAGGAAAUGUCAUUCGCACGGACAACGACAGAGCCAUGUACGCUCUGUUGCAGCUAUCUAGAGCGUCUGAACGAAGCAGGCCAUAAGGCAUUCGCAGGAAAGAAUGCAGAGGCUUUCUUCACAGAGCUCGGUGUUGAGUUCCAUGGCCUAUUGCUGGACCACUACAAGCGAUUCCCUGUGAACCCCACUGGCGGUCUGAUGCUGACAAAAGAUCUUGCAGCCUACCAAGACUCGAUCAAAACGUUUGGCAUCCCGCUACUCAACGACCGAUUCGAUAUGCUGCGACAACUCGGAAACAGCUUUAUCGUGCAGCCGGAUGUUCUGAAAUCGUAUUUGACCGAGGGACAUCUCGGACGGAUCGAUGCUCGUCUGCUAAGGCCAUAUCUACAACAGCGAUCGGACUGGUCCACGUUCGCAAAACAGUUUGGCGAGGAGGAAGCCUUUGCUGACAAGUCGGAUCAGGACGUGGUAACAGCUACGACCAGCGGACUCUUGAAGGCCAGCCGAUACUCGAUGGGUGUAGGAGCCGCUGGUAUGAGCAAGCUCAAGGACAUGCUCAAAGCUGUGGACGAUCACGCGUUCGGAGAUACGAUACCUUCGCAACACUACCGGUCAUCAAACUUGAACCCUGGUCUUAAUCGCGCACCCUCAUAUCGCGGCAAUUACCCUGCAACUCAAGGUUUCUUCGUCCCUUGAUAUACAAGGCCGUCCCUCUGUAUAGUAGUAACAUCACGGUAUUUCAUCGUUAUGAGGCCAGUCACUCACUUUGCAUAGCGAGGCGUUGCGCACCGCCUGAUUAGCUGAAUCGGGGAUCGUGAUAUGUUAUCAAGGGUUCUCGGAAGCAAACCGCCGUAUCUUCCAUCGCUUGAGACCGUCGCUGCAUCAAUCACUCGGAUCAUAUAACCCUUUCAUCCUUUAUCGCUGUAUCGCUGU